UGGAAUUACGAUUACGAACUUACGAAGAUUUGUACACACAAUAAUAAUUAUUGCAAGUUAUUGUACCUACGUAAAUAAAUUAAAUUAGAUUGUGUUCUUCAUCAUACAUAUAAUAUAAUAAUGGCAGAAAAAACUAAAAAAAGACCUGUGAAAAGAAAUAGGAACUUGGUACUUCCAAUUUUAUCGAUGCUUGCUGCAUUAGGGGCAUCUUAUUAUGCUUAUUACAAACUUAAUGCACCUCAAGCAAAACCAGAAGUUGACUUCAAUGCUUACUGGGGUCCCUACCCCAUGGAACAAAAUCCAGAUUUAUCAAUCAGACCUUUUUCUGUUGAAUUUUCUGAUGUGAUGAUAAAUGAAUUAAGAAACCUCAUACUACACCGUAGACCCUUUCCUCCACCUCUGGAAGACAGUGGUUUUACAUAUGGCUUCAAUUCCAACUUCAUCACCAGAGUAUUGGAUUACUGGCACAAUAAAUACAAUUUUGCUGAUAGAGAGAAGUUUUUUAAUAAGUAUAACCACUCCAUGACUAAUAUACAAGGGUUAGAUAUUCACUUUGUUCAUGUGAAACCUUAUGUGGCUGAUGAUGUUGAAAUUGUACCCUUACUUCUAUUACAUGGAUGGCCUGGGUCAUUCAGGGAGUUUUAUGAGCUGAUACCAGAGCUAGCUUAUAGACCAGAACAUAAUUUUGCAUUAGAACUUAUUAUACCUAGCUUACCUGGGUUUGGCUUUUCGAAGGCUCCAGUACGUCGCGGUAUGGGACCUUUAGAAGUGGCUGUAGUAAUGAAGAAUCUAAUGGACCGUAUUGGCCAUAAAAAGUACUAUGUACAAGGCGGUGAUUUCGGCCAUAACAUUGGCUCGAUCAUGGCAACUAUGUUCACAGACAAUGUCCUCGGUUUCCAUAGCAACAUGCCAAUAGUAUUAUCUCAUCCAAUGGGAACCAUUUAUAUGCUUUUAGGAUCAAUAUUCCCAAGUUACAUAGUGGAACCAGAGAUUCAAGACAGAGUUUACCCCUUGAGCAAGCAGAUUUCGUUUAUUAUGGAGGAAUCUGGUUAUUUGCAUCUUCAAGCUACUAAACCGGACACAGUGGGCAUAGCAUUAACAGACUCUCCAGCUGGUCUUGCCGCAUACAUUCUAGAGAAAUUCUCAACAUGGACAAACGCUGAAAACAAAAAGGCAGCCGACGGAAAUCUCACAAACUUCAUGUUAACACAUUUACUUGAUAAUGUCAUGGUGUAUUGGGUCAGUAAUAGUAUAACGACAUCUAUGAGAUUGUAUGCGGAGGCUUUUAACAAGAAACGGUUGGAAACUAAGUUUGAUAUGAUACCAACAGACGUACCAACAUGGGGCAUAAAAUUCAAACACGAAUUGAUAACUCAACCAGACAUUGUGCUAAAACUCAAAUACAAGAACUACCUUCACACUACAGUAGUCGAUGCUGGCGGCCAUUUUGCUGCUUUCGAAUCACCAAAAAUACUGGGACAAGAUAUAUUACAAGCUAUCAUGACGUUUAGAGAAUUUUGGGGUGUUAGUAAAACUAAUCCUCAAGAACAACAACAACCGAAUCCCGAAAAAGCGACAUCUGUCCACGAAUUCUAUGUUAAAGACAUUUACGGGCGAAACAUAAAACUCGAUAAAUAUAAGGGCUAUGUCCUCUUAAUAGUAAAUGUGGCAUCCCAAUGUGGUUUGACGGACAAAAACUAUCAACAACUAAACGAAUUGUAUGAAAAAUAUUCUAAAGCGAGAGAUUUUAGAAUACUAGCCUUCCCUUGCAAUCAAUUUAAUGGCCAAGAACCGGGAAAUUCCAAUGAUAUAGUCAAAUUUAUCAACAACAGAGGUGUUAAAUUCGAUGUCUUUGAGAAAAUUGAAGUUAAUGGAGAUAAUGCUCAUCCAUUGUGGAAGUUCCUAAAACGCACUCAGAGUGGCACAUUAGGUGAUUUUAUCAAGUGGAACUUUUCUAAAUUUAUUGUUGAUAAAAAUGGCAGACCAGUGGAAAGAUUUGGACCGAACGUUGAUCCAAUAGAUUUGGAACCAUCUUUAGCCAAAUAUUGGUAGAUGCCCAUUGUGAAGAGGGUCCAUUAUGUUUUUUGACAUGCAAUUAUAUUUUUAUAAUGUUUAUGUAUAGCUUGACCGCAGUGGCUGUACCGCUGUAUAUGCGCGGCGAAGCGGGGGAGAGUACCGACCGUUCCGUUUCUUUCUAACUUCUAAGGCCGGUUGCAGAGCUUCACCGACCAUCAGUGCGUACGUCAGUCGCACUUGUCAUAUUAUGUAUAGA